GGUGGAUUGACAACGUCAACACAACCAUAACACAACAACAUUCAUUUAAAUUACAUUACAAAAGAAAUAAUAGUAUCUCAUCAAUUAUUUAUCAAUAUAAAACAAACAAAGACAUCUUCCGAAAAUGAAUUAGAAAGAAUUAGUUACCGUUAAAUUUCAAUUUUCACCCGUAUUUAUUCACCAAAAGUUGAAUCAUGUUGAAGUAAAGCUGCUUUUUUUCCAAGGGUUUCGUGGACAUCAUCAAGGUUAGAAUAGUGCAAGCUUGCAAAAUAAGGAAUUUUAUGCUGUAUUCUCUGUUGGCAAAGUAUCGGCUCAUCAGAAGAAGACUUAAGAUGAGCUUUAUAUUCGGCGAUUUACCAUGGGGCGUAAGAUUGUUACAAAAAAUCGUUGGGAGCUGUUGUCCCAAUCGAUUACAUUUCAACAGAGAUUUAUGCUACAAGGCAAGUGUCGUAUUUUUAACAUACAUUGCCUAUAUGUCGUAUCAUAUGUCAAGAAGGCCCAUUUCAGUAGUGAAAGCAGUGUUACAUAGAAAUUGUAGCUCUUUAAGACCACCUUCACCAGACGAACCACCAAAUUGGUGCGAUUGGGCUCCAUUUAAUGGCACUGAUACAAAGGCUUCCCAAAUGUUGGGCGAACUGGACUCUGCAUUUUUGUUCUGCUAUGCUGUAUCGAUGUUUAUAUCAGGAUUUGUAGCUGAGCGAGUAAACCUUAGAUAUUUUCUGAGUUUGGGGAUGUUAUUUUCUGGAAUUUUCAGUUAUAUGUUUGGAAUUGGAAAAACUUACAAUAUACAUAAUUUGUGGUAUUAUGUUGUCUUCCAGGGAUUGGCGGGUAUAUCACAAACCACUGGGUGGCCAGGAGUGGUAACUGUUAUGAGCAAUUGGUUUGGUAAAUCAAAACGCGGACUUAUUUUUGGACUGUGGAAUUCACAUACGAGUAUUGGAAACAUAUUGGGAUCUCUAAUAGCUGCAGAAUAUGUAGAAACCGACUGGGCCCUGUCCUUUAUAGUACCUGGCUUUAUAAUAGGCAUAGUAGGGUUUAUAUUGUUUUUGUUUUUGGUUGUGAACCCUAGUGAUGUUGGAUUUAUUACUGCUGAAUCUAGAGUCGAAAGUGGGAGAGUUUACAAAGCAUUAAGCAACAAAGUAGCCAACACAGAGUCGUCUUCCACAUCUCGAAGAUCCAGUUCUGACGUAGAUGAUUCCGAAAUUAUUAUAGGAGAACAUGAAUCGCGUUAUGCAAUCAAUACAAGCCGUGGCGAAGUUCUCAGAAGAGGAGUCACAGAACGAUCAAGACUACUAGGAGAAUCGUCAUCCCAAUCCCAAGAUCAAGCCAUUGGAUUCUUAGGAGCCCUCAAAAUCCCAGGAGUGAUAGAGUUCUCUUUGUCUCUAUUCUUUGCCAAAUUAGUCAGUUAUACGUUCCUGUAUUGGUUACCACUUUACGUUAACGCUUCGACUACCAUGAGUGCUACAUUGAGUGCUGACUUAUCAACAUUAUUUGACGUAGGAGGUAUAGUAGGCGCAAUAGUAGCUGGCGUUGUUAGCGACAAAACUGAUAUGCCAGCAACCACUUGUGUCGGUAUGCUAGCUCUUUCUGCACCAAUGAUGUUUGUCUACCAAAAAUUAAGUGUGAUUAGUAUAGGCUUAAACAUGAUACUACUAAUAAUCGUGGGUCUAUUGGUCAACGGUCCUUACGCCCUAAUAACUACGGCAGUGUCAGCUGAAUUGGGUACGCAUCAUAGUUUGGAAGGCAAUUCUAAAGCUUUAGCGACUGUUACUGCUAUUAUUGAUGGUACUGGAUCAAUAGGUGCUGCAGUUGGUCCACUUCUAGCAGGUUUCGUAUCAAGCUACGGUUGGCAUUACGUCUUUUAUAUGCUAAUUUUGUCAGACAUUUGGGCCCUUAUUUUGCUAUUACGCCUAGCUAAACAUGAAGUAACAAAAUAUCGAAGUCACAGGCGAGGAUUGAGGAUAGAAUAAGCAGAAAGCAUAUCAAGUGUUUAACUUACAAUGAUUAAAGUAUUUAUGUGUAGCUCUAGCAAAAUUGAAAAAAUAUUUUUACAUAUUAUAUUCUAAGCUUUAGUGAUUCCUUAAACUUGGGAAAUAGGAUAUGAUAUACCAAAAUAUUUUACCAUUGUGAUAAGACUUAAUUUAACGCUCCUUGGAUUUGUACUGUGAAAUAACCCAUACAAGCAUUUGCGUUGUUGCUUUUUAUAUUAUUAACUUUCUACGAAAGCGUAGAGC